UCUCCCUGCGCGUUGCCCCCUCUGCAGCCCCCCCGCCCCUCUUCUCCCACCACAAUGAGAUCCUAAGAUGGCGCUGGCUGCGGCGGUUGGCGCCGAGUAGCCGAGGUGGGAAGGGCGGCCAUUGGGCCCGAGGCAGCCAGGCGACGUGUGGACCUCUCUGCUGUGGUCUCGCAGGGAGGACCGCUGCCGGGGGGUGGGUCGUGGGGGCUGACCGCCACUCCGCCCUUGGCAGGAGAAGCUGCUUCGUUUACAGCAGGCAACAGCUUUGACGUGUGGAGCAGGAAAGGAGCCGUUUCUGAGCUGCAAAAACUAGUUUCUAAACAGACAAGUUCUUCAUAUGAUAAAGAACAUUAAUUGUUACAGCCAGUAUGGCCACGGGAGGAGGUCCUUUUGAAGAUGGCAUGAAUGAUCAGGAUUUACCAAACUGGAGCAGUGAAAGUGUUGAUGACCGACUUAACAAUAUGGACUGGUGUGGCCAACAGAAGAAAGCAAACAGAUCAUCAGAAAAGAAUAAGAAAAAGUUUGGUGUAGAAAGUGAUAAAAGGGUAACUAAUGAUAUUUCUCCGGAGUCAUCACCAGGAGUUGGAAGACGAAGAACAAAGACUCCACAUACGUUUCCACACAGUAGAUAUAUGACUCAGAUGUCUGUCCCAGAGCAGGCAGAAUUAGAGAAACUUAAACAGCGGAUAAACUUCAGUGAUUUAGAUCAGAGAAGCAUUGGAAGUGAUUCUCAAGGUAGAGCAACAGCUGCUAACAACAAACGUCAGCUUAGCGAAAACCGAAAGCCCUUCAACUUUUUGCCUAUGCAGAUUAAUACUAACAAGAGCAAAGAUACAGCUACAAGCCCUCCAAAGAGAGAAAUUGGAUCAGCGCAAUGUAAAGAGUUGUUUGCUUCUGCUCUAAGUAAUGACCUUUUGCAAAACUGUCAAGUCUCUGAAGAAGAUGGGAGAGGAGAACCUGCAAUGGAGAGCAGUCAGAUUGUAAGCAGGCUUGUUCAAAUUCGUGAUUAUAUUACUAAAGCUAGUUCCAUGCGGGAAGAUCUUGUGGAGAAAAAUGAAAGAUCUGCUAAUGUUGAGCGCCUUACUCAUCUAAUAGAUCACCUUAAAGAACAAGAAAAGUCAUAUAUGAAAUUUCUCCAAAAAAUCCUAGCUAGAGAAAAUGAGGAGGAGGAUGUUCGGACUAUAGAUUCAGCUGUGGGAUCUGGUUCUGUAGCUGAGAGCACAUCGCUAAACAUAGAUGUGCAGUCUGAGGCUUCAGAUACCACGGCCAGAGAUCCUCAGCAAGAACCUAUGGAAGAGAUAGAAAAUUUGAAGAAACAACAUGAUUUAUUAAAAAGGAUGUUACAACAGCAGGAGCAACUGAGAGCUCUGCAGGGACGACAAGCUGCUCUUCUAGCUUUGCAGCAUAAAGCAGAGCAAGCUAUUGCUGUGAUGGAUGAUUCUGAAAAGGUUGCAGGGACAACUCCUGGCCAUCAUACUGUACAGUGCAGCCAGCCAGCUCGCUCUCCUUUUCAUCAGAGAGUACCCAUAAGAGUUGUUGCAGAAACUACAGGUAGCUUAUCUGGAGUUAGUAUCACAUCAGAACUAAAUGAAGAAUUGAAUGAUUUAAUUCAGCGUUUCCAUAAUCAGCUUCGUGAUUCUCAGUCUCCUGCUGUUCCAGACAAUAGAAGACAGGCAGAAAGUCUUUCAUUAACUAGGGAGGUUUCCCAGAGCAGGAAUCCAUCGGUUUCAGAGCAUUUACCCGAUGAGAAAGUCCAACUUUUUAGCAAAAUGAGAGUGUUACAGGAAAAGAAGCAAAAAAUGGACAAAUUGCUUGGAGAACUUCAUACACUUCGAGAUCAGCAUCUAAAUAAUUCAUCAUUUGUGCCUUCUUCAGCCUCUCCACAAAGGAGUGUGGAUCAGAGAAGUACAACUUCAGCUCCCUCUGCUCCUGUAGGCUUGGCACCCGUUGUUAAUGGAGAGUCCAAUAGCCUCAUGUCAUCUGUUCCUUAUCCGGCUGCUUCUCUAGUCUCUCCGAAUGAGAAUGAAAAUGAAGGCCAUCUAAAUUCAACUGAAAAACUCCAGAAGUUAAAUGAAGUUCGAAAGAGAUUGAAUGAACUAAGAGAAUUAGUUCAUUAUUAUGAACAAACAUCAGAUAUGAUGACAGAUGCUGUAAAUGAAAACACGAAAGAUGAAGAAACUGAAGAGUCAGAAUAUGAUUCUGAGCAUGAAAAUUGUGAACCUGUUACUAACAUUCGAAAUCCACAAGUAGCUGCCACCUGGAAUGAAGUAAACAGUAAUAGUAAUGCACAUUGUGCUUCUAAUAAUAGAGAUGGGAGAUCAGUGAAUUCUAAUUGUGAAAUUAACAACAGAUCUGCUGCAAACAUAAGGGCUCUAAAUAUGCCUCCUCCUUUAGCAGAUUGUCGAUAUAAUAGAGAAGGAGAACAGGGGAUUCCUGUUGCACAAGGGGAAGACGAUGAGGAAGAGGAGGAAGAAGCAGAAGAGGAGGGAGCUAGUGGAGCUUCAUUAUCUAGUCAUAGGAGCAGUCUGGUUGAUGAGGCUCCAGAAGAUGCUGAAUUUGAACAGAAGAUCAGUAGACUUAUGGCUGCGAAACAGAAACUUAGACAGUUACAAGAUCUUGUUGCUAUGGUACAGGAUGAUGAUACAACUGAAGGAGUUAUAUCUGCCAAUACUUCAAAUUUGGAUGAUUUCUACCCAGCUGAAGAAGACACCAAACAAAAUUCAAAUAAUACCAGAGGAAAUGCCAAUAAAACACAGAAAGAUGCUGGAGUAAAUGAAAAGGCAAGAGAGAAAUUUUACGAAGCUAAACUACAGCAGCAACAGAAAGAGCUAAAACAAUUACAGGAAGAAAGAAAGAAACUGAUUGAGAUUCAAGAGAAAAUUCAAGCAUUGCAAAAGGCAUGUCCUGACCUACAGCUGUCAGCUGCUAGUGUGGGUAAUUGUCCCACAAAAAAAUACAUGCCAGCUGUUACUUCAACCCCAACUGUUAAUGAAAAUGAGACCAGUACAAGCAAAUCUGUUUUUGAGCCAGAAGAUUCUUCAGUAGUGGAUAAUGAGUUGUGGUCGGAAAUGCGAAGACACGAAAUGUUAAGGGAAGAGCUGCGUCAGAGAAGAAAGCAGCUUGAAGCUCUGAUGGCUGAACAUCAGAGGAGGCAAGGUCUGGCUGAAACCGCAUCUCCAGUGGCUGUGUCACUGAGAAGCAAUGGAUCUGAGAACCUGUGUACUCCUCAACAAAGUAGAACAGAAAAAACAAUGGCAACUUGGGGAGGUUCUACCCAGUGUGCCCUAGAUGAAGAAGGAGAUGAAGAUGGUUACCUCUCUGAAGGAAUUGUUCGGACAGAUGAAGAGGAGGAAGAAGAACAAGAUGCCAGUUCCAAUGAUAACUUUUCUACAUAUCCUUCUAACAGUGUGACUCAUAAUUCCUAUAAUGUAAAGGAAACUAAAAAUAGGUGGAAGAACAAUCGCCGUUUUUCAACAGACGAAAAUUAUCGUCCUUUAGCCAAGACAAGGCAACAGAAUAUCAGCAUGCAACGGCAAGAAAACCUUCGUUGGAUGUCAGAGCUCUCUUAUGUAGAAGAGAAAGAACAAUGGCAAGAACAGAUCAAUCAGCUAAGGAAACAGCUUGAUUUCAGUGUCAAUAUUUGUCAGACUUUGAUGCAAGACCAGCAGACUCUGUCUUGUCUGCUACAAACUCUUCUCACGGGUCCUUAUAGUGUUAUGCCCAGCAAUGUAGCAUCUCCUCAAGUACACCUUAUAAUGCACCAGUUGAACCAGUGUUAUACUCAGCUAACAUGGCAACAGAAUAAUGUUCAGAGGUUGAAACAAAUGCUAAAUGAACUUAUGCACCAACAAAGUCGAUGUACGGAAAAACCUGGAAGCAAGGAAAGAGGCAGUAGUGGAUCACACCCCCCUUCUCCCAGUUUAUUUUGUCCUUUCAGCUUUCCAACACAGCCUGUAAAUCUGUUUAAUUUACCUGGAUUUACUAACUUUUCACCAUUUGCACCAGGUAUGAAUUUCAGCCCUUUAUUUCCUUCUAAUUUUGGAGACUUUUCUCAGAAUAUCUCUACACCCAGUGAACAGCAGCAACCAUUAGCCCAAAAUUCUUCAGGGAAAACAGAAUAUAUGGCUUUUCCGAAACCAUUUGAAAGCAAUUCCUCUGUUGGAGCAGAAAAACCAAGGAAUCAAAAAUUGCCUGAAGAGGAUGUAGAAAGUAGUAGAACACCAUGGUUAUAUGACCAAGAAGGCGAAGUAGAAAAACCACUUAUUAAGACUGGAUUUGCAGUGUCUGUAGAGAAAACCGCAAACGGUAGCCGCAAAAAUCAGUUAGAUACAAGCAGGAGAAGAUGCCAGUUAGAUGAAGAAUCAUUAGAAAGUUUUAGCAGUAUGCCUGAUCCAGUAGAUCCAGCAACAGUAACUAAAACAUUCAAGACAAGAAAAGCAUCUGCACAGGCCAGCCUGGCUUCUAAAGAUAAAACUCCCAAGUCCAAAAGUAAGAAGAGGAAUUCUACUCAGCUGAAAAGCAGAGUUAAAAAUAUUGGGUAUGAAAGUGCCAGUAUGUCUAGCACAUGUGAACCUUGCAAAAGUAGGAACAGACAUUCAGCCCAGACUGAAGAGCCUGUUCAAGCAAAAGUAUUCAGCAGAAAGAAUCAUGAGCAGCUGGAAAAAAUAAUAAAACAUAGUAGGUCUACAGAAAUAUCUUCAGCACAUGCUAGGAGAAUACUACAGCAGUCUAACAGAAAUGCAUGCAAUGAAGCGCCAGAAACUGGGAGUGAUUUUUCCAUGUUUGAAGCUUUGCGGGAUACUAUUUAUUCUGAAGUAGCUACAUUAAUUUCUCAAAAUGAAUCUCGUCCACAUUUUCUUAUUGAACUCUUCCAUGAGCUUCAGCUACUUAAUACAGACUACUUGAGACAGAGGGCUUUAUAUGCAUUGCAGGACAUAGUAUCCAGACAUAUUUCUGAGAGCCAUGACAAAGAAGGAGAAAAUGUAAAGUCAGUGAACUCUGGUACUUGGAUAGCAUCAAACUCAGAACUUACUCCCAGCGAGAGCCUUGCUACUACUGAUGAUGAAACUUUUGAGAAGAACUUUGAAAGAGAAACAAAUAAAAUAAGUGAACAAAAUGAUGCUGAUAAUACUAGUGUCAUGUCUGUAUCUUCAAAUUUCGAGCCUUUUGCAACAGAUGAUCUAGGUAACACUGUGAUUCACUUAGAUCAAGCAUUAGCCAGAAUGAGAGAGUAUGAGCGUUUGAAGACUGAAGGCGAAAGUAACUCAAAUAUGAGAUGUGCCUGCAGGAUUAUUGAGGAUGAAGAUGGUGCUACUGCCGCUACUACAGUUAAUAAUUUAGAAGAAACUCCUGUUAUUGAAAAUUAUAGUUCACAACCACCUAUAAGUGAAGUUUCUACUGUCCCAUGUCCUAGAAUUGAUACUCAGCAGCUGGACCGGCAAAUUAAAGCAAUUAUGAAAGAAGUUAUUCCUUUUUUGAAGGAGCACAUGGAUGAAGUAUGUUCUUCUCAACUUUUAACUUCAGUAAGACGCAUGGUUUUGACCCUUACCCAGCAAAAUGAUGAGAGCAAAGAGUUUGUAAAGUUCUUUCAUAAACAACUUGGAAGUAUAUUACAGGAUUCACUGGCAAAAUUUGCUGGCAGAAAACUGAAAGACUGUGGAGAAGAUCUUCUUGUAGAGAUAUCUGAAGUGUUGUUUAAUGAGUUGGCUUUCUUUAAGCUCAUGCAAGAUUUGGAUAAUAAUAGUAUAACUGUUAAACAGAGAUGCAAAAGGAAAAUAGAAGCAGCUGGAGUGAUACAGUCUUAUGCCAAAGAGGCCAAAAGGAUUCUUGAAGAUCAUGGCUCACCUGCUGGAGAGAUUGAUGAUGAAGACAAAGACAAGGAUGAGACUGAAACAGUUAAGCAGGCUCAAACAUCUGAGGUGUAUGAUGGCAAAGGUCCCAAAAAUGUAAGAUCUGAUAUUUCUGAUCAAGAGGAAGAUGAAGAAAGUGAAGGAUGCCCAGUGUCUAUUAAUUUGUCUAAGGCUGAAACUCAGGCUUUAACUAAUUAUGGAAGUGGAGAAGAUGAGAAUGAGGAUGAAGAAAUAGAAGAAUUUGAAGAGGGCCCUGUAGAUGUCCAGACUUCACUUCAGGCUAACACGGAAACUACAGAAGAAAAUGAACAUGACGAUCAGGUUCUACAACAUGACUUUGAAAAAACAGCAGAAAGUAAAAAUGCCCCAUCAGAACAAGAACUCACUAGUAAAGAUGACCAAGAUAGCUCUCCUGUGAAACCCUGUUACCUCAAUAUCUUGGAAAAUGAGCAACCUUUAAAUAGCACUGCCCAUAAGGACUCGCUUACUACUAUUGAUUCAUCUAAACAGCCUAACCCUUUGCCAUUACCUUUAACUGAAAUUGAAACCUUAGUGCCUAGAGUCAAAGAAGUUAAGUCUGCUCAGGAAACUCCUGAAAGUUCUCUGGCUGGAAGUCCUGAUACUGAAUCUCCAGUGUUAGUAAAUGACUAUGAAGCGGAAUCUGGUAACAUAAGUCAGAAGUCUGAUGAAGAAGAUUUUGUAAAACUUGAAGAUUUACCACUUAAACUGACAAUAUAUUCAGAGGCAGAUCUAAGGAAGAAAAUGGUAGAGGAAGAACAGAAAAACCAUUUAUCUGGUGAAAUAUGUGAAAUGCAGACUGAAGAAUUAGCUGGAAAUUCUCAGACACUAAAAGAACCUGAAACAGUGGGAGCCCAAACUAUAUGAGAUAUCUUCAGAGGCUCAUCUGACUCUCUUUCUUUACAUAGUCAAUGCAUAUUUGAAAAUGAUACUAAAUAAACAUCUGUUUUGAUCUGUAUAAAAAUGUAAAUUAGUUUGACACUGCAUUUUUGAUAGGUGUGCUAAUUUCUGCCCAUGGUAGUUUAAAACAUCAGAAACUGAAUUCUGGACAGAUUUAAGCCUUGAUACACUGUGUAAUUUUUCUUUUUCCUUUUUGGUCUUCAUUCUUUUUUCUCAUUGUGAUGUUUGAUAAAGUUAUAUUUAAAAUGUAGUUUUAAAUAAAGUUUGGACUUAUCUAUAAAGUAUCUUUUUCGGAAAUUAUGUUGAAUUCUAUAUAGCAAGUCAGUGUUCUAUAUAUAGUGUUAGGCUAUUCAGAGAAGAGCAAUGGUUAAGAGUUAGAGAACUGUAUUAUUUAUUAUAAAGCCCAGCCAUUAGACAAGUCUUCCAGAUAAUGCCAGUGUUGCUGCUAUGGGGUCUAAAGUUCUUUUAGAAACCUGCAGAUCCUAUUACUUUAAUAGGGCAGGUUAUAAACAUAUCCAGGAUACCUAGGAAGUUAUUGUAGAUAUAUAUUAAUCCAUUCAAAUUGGAUAAUAAGUUUAGAACAUAAUGUCUUUAGUAUCUAGAAUGUACAUCAUUAUGUAUUAGAUAACUAUUUUCCGGAAUUCCAAAUCCUAUAUAUAUUGCCUCAGUCUAAAAAUUUUUUAAAAUCUUUAUAUAAUCAGGGAAUAUUUCUGCACAGACAAGUAAUAUAUGAUUAAUUUCAAAUGAAAAACUAAACUCUUUCAAGUGGGGAUAAAUCCAACUAAGUUUAUGUAACAGAACAGUAAGACUCUGUAUGCCUUCAAACAGACUUACCUUUUGAGAUGAUAAUUUAAGACCCAAAGCACAGCAGUUGCUUUUGUGUUUAGGGAGGGAAAAGCAGGUUCACAGAUAAAGUAUUGAGUAAAAAAAUUUAUGUGACUUCUUCAUUACUAAGUAAAUCACCUUUUAAAAGAUGAUUUACCUUUUUAUCCCAAAUUUUCCGUAUACUCAGUAAGGCUUCAAAGAGCCAGUCAACAAUGAAUAAGUCAACCUUAUAGAUUCUUCCUUGAAUAAAAUAUGAAGAAUUAGUACCAAGUAAUUUUAAAUUUGUUAACAAUUGACUGAAAUACUCCAUAAAAAAAGAACUUAGUAGAUGUUCCUUUAAAUUCUUAUCUGCUUGAUACCUCAGUAUAAAACUAUAAUGUCAAAUCAAGGAAUAUUAAAUGAGGAUUUCCCUAGGUGUGUUGCUACUUAAUUUAAAUUAUGUAAGACAUGUGUCUCCAACUUUAAUAAAACCUGUUCAGAAAACUACCAGUUCAGAAUCAGGAAUUCCUAUCCAGUUGGCCUACCUUCAGGGAAGUUGGAACAGUAAGUUACAUUAUGUGAAUACUCAAAUUCUAUAUUUUCUAGACUUUAAGCAGGAAGGGGGAAAAACUUCAUCUUGGUAUACUCAAGCCAAGCCUUACAUAUUGCGGCUUCUGUGCACGCUUUCUCUCUCUCCCUCUCUCUCUCUCUCUCUCUCUCUCUCUCUCUCUCUCUCUCUGCAUGCAUAGUAAAAAUAGAUACAGUGGAAGAAUUGUAUUUACAUCUUAGUUAUUAACAUAAUACCUAUGAGCAUUAUUAAAAUUGCUUAUUUGUGUUAUAGCUGCUGUUAUUUAGUCUAUUAUUUUUCUAUUUUAGUAGAUAAUUUAGUUUUAAAAUACCUAGGGCUUGAUAGCAGAUAAUUUGUUUAAUAUUUUUUCCAUAUUAACUAUUGCUAAAGGGUUAGGCAUUAAAUAUUCCUGUUUGUCUUAAUUUUUAAGAUAAAAUUUUGAUUAGAGACAGAGGGAGAAAUGCUCAAAUGAAUGAGAGAGAACCCUAUGCAGGUUGAGAUAAUGCCUAAAAUAAUAAGCUAGCCAGACUGUGGAGGUACUCUUUGUAUUUUGUAAACAUUCACUUUGGGUAAAUGCUUUUUCACUAUUAAUAAAUGUAUAUCCUAUGUACAA